GUGAGUCCUUCUCAACCCUUUCACCCCCCUUUCCUCUGUCCUCUCCAUUACGGUGGAUUCAUGCUCAGCUCUCGCCCUUCUCGGUCGCCAUGCAGAACAACCACCAAAAGGAGCAUCUGUAUAAGAUUCUAGUGAUAGGGGACCUCGGGGUCGGCAAGACCAGCAUUAUCAAGCGGUAUGUCCAUCACAACUUCAGCCCCAACUACCGAGCCACCAUCGGGGUGGACUUCGCGCUCAAAGUCCUCAACUGGGACCAGGAGACGGUGCGCCUGCAGCUGUGGGACAUUGCAGGUCAGGAAAGGUUUGGCAACAUGACCCGCGUGUACUACCGCGAGGCUAUGGGCGCAUUCAUUGUGUUUGACGUCACGAGGCCGGCCUCCUUUGAUGCCGUCACCAAAUGGAAGGAGGACUUGGAUUCCAAACUGACACUUGCCAAUGGGAAACAUGUAGCCACCGUGCUUUUGGCUAAUAAAUGUGACCAGGGUCGUGACGUACUGACUAACAAUGGAAUAAAGAUGGAGCAGUUCUGCCAGGAGAACGGCUUUGUGGGAUGGUUUGAGACAUCUGCUAAGGAGAAUAUCAACAUCGAUGAAGCAGCUAACUGCUUGGUGAAACACAUUAUCGCCAAUGAGAAUGACAUGCUCCAAUCAGAAGUCCUGGACACCAUCACCCCCCAGUUAGAGAAGGACAAAGGCGGGACAUGCUCCUCCUGCUUCAGAUCCCAGUAAAAACUUCCUGACAGUUUGAAGUCCUUUUGUAUCUCGUUAUGCACAAAGUCGAGUUUGUCUGUGAGCAGGAGACAGAGGGGGAAGUACUGGCUGUUUUUUAAGAGGCGUGUAUGGGUGCCAAAUCUUUUCCUGUCUGGUAGCUCCGGUGAAGGUGUGUGUGUGUGGGGGGGGUGACAUAUUGGCAUCUGGCUCAAGAAAAUGGAUGUACUAAAACAGAGACAGAAAGAGAGAUGGCUGCAGCUGUGUGUGCUUGUCAAAGGCAAGGUCACCCUCUGGGCGACUUCAAGCCUCGACACUGCCACUUUGGUUACCAUGGAGACACAGUCAAUGAACACAUGCACAGAAAGAUCGCAGCAAAUCACAGUAUACAUGUACUAAAGGUCCAUACCAUGAUAAUUGUUGUCCGCCCCUUUGUCAUCCUUCUUUUCUUUGCCUCCUGCUCCUUUUUUCCCUGUUUCUGCUUGUUUCUUCCUCCUUGACCCUCCCUGACAUUUUGUAAUUUUUAAUUUUUCAUAUGUCAUUCUGGGCAGAUAAACAGGCUAAAAGCACAGUUAUAUCUUGUAAUUCAAUGGUUUUAUAUUAAAUUUAUAUCCCACUGUUCAAUGUUUGUAAUAUUUUUAAUUAUGGGAUAAAUGCA